AUGUACGGCCUCAUCUUCGAGAAUCUCAGACAGUAUAUCAUCGCAGUUUAUGGAGAAGAUAAAUGGGAAGAAAUACGUCGUCAGGCCCGUGUUGAACACCCAUCUUUUUCUACACACGACAUUUAUCCCGACAGCGUCAUCUUGCGCAUUGUCGGUAAAGGAUGUAAGAUGCUACGCGCUCCGGAGAACGAGUUUCUGGAAGGAAUGGGUACCUAUUUCGUCUCCUUCCUCGCCCAAUACGGAUACGACCGAGUGCUAUCUGUGCUGGGACGCCACAUGCGAGACUUCAUCAAUGGCCUCGACAAUCUCCAUGAAUAUUUGAAGUUCAGCUACCCGAAAAUGAAAGCUCCAUCGUUCUUCUGUGAGCAAGAGUCGGAGUCGGGUUUGACUCUGCACUACCGGAGUACUCGGAGAGGCUAUCUAUGGUACACGAUCGGACAAAUUAAGGAGGUCGGCAACCACUUCUACAACACUAGUGUCGAAGUCGAUAUUCUCAGGGAGGAGUCCAUAUUCAACACUCAGCACGUAGUCAUGCGUCUCAAGUUCCAGAAUACAGCCUUCAAGCCUAAAAUCGGAGCUCUGGAUAUCGACACCAUCGAGCUAGGACGGAAACUUCUUCCUAUCAAGGCUCACAUUUUCCUCGAGAUAUUCCCUUUCUCGAUUGUUUUCGAUCAGCAACUGACGAUCGCGAAUCUCGGCAAAACCCUGAUGACAGUCAUGCCGACGGCGUUAAAUAAGCGCAUACCUCAAGUGUUCGAUCUCACGAGACCAUUGAUCGAAUGCAGCUGGAACUCCAUUUUAACACACCUGAACAACGUAUUCGAAUUGACGACGCUUGAAGCCGUGAAAGCUCAGUCGAACAUCGAUCCGGAACAUGAAGGUACUUCUCCGUUCCUCGACCAGGACGAUGCAGUGUACGAAGACACCUUGCUGCACCUCAAAGGACAAAUGCUCUUCAUGGAAGAGUGGCAAGCAAUGGUUUAUCUCGCAGCGCCCGUAAUGCGAGAUCUCAGCACCAUGGUACUCACGGGCUUAUACGUCAACGAUCUCUCGAUGCACGACUUCUCUCGAGAUAUGGUACUGGCAGGCCAGCAGCAAAGUGCCGAGCUCAAAAUGGCUCUCGAUCAGGAACUACAGAAGAGCAAACAGCUCGAAGACUCGAUGAAAAAACUCGAUCUUGAGAUGAGGCGGACGGACGAAUUGUUGUACCAGAUGAUACCCAAGACUGUCGCUGACAAGCUUCGACGAGGAGAGAGUCACGUCGACACCUGCCAGUUCUUCGACAGCGUCACGAUCCUGUUUUCCGACGUUGUCACGUUCACAGAGAUUUGCAGCCGACUGACGCCGAUUGAAGUCGUUCAGAUGUUGAACGCCAUGUAUUCCCUCUUCGACCAACUGACAGACAAACACGGCGUGUAUAAGGUGGAAACAAUCGGAGACGCUUACAUGAUCGUCGCCGGUUGUCCCGAAGCUUCUCCCAAACAUGCGGGGAAAAUAUGUGAAAUGGCCCUGGACAUGGUGCAAUGCAUUCAAGGUAUUAAGGAUCCGUCGACGGGAAAGUGUCUGCGGAUACGCGUCGGUGCUCAUUCGGGCCCGGUUUGCGCUGGAAUAGUGGGGCAGAAAAUGCCGCGCUACUGUCUUUUCGGGGACAGUGUCAACACCGCAUCGAGAAUGGAGUCUACAAGCGAGCCGCUGAGGAUCCACAUCAGUGUGAAGACGAAGGAGCUACUCGAUCCCUCCGUAUGGAACAUUUCUGAGAGAGGGACGGUUCCAGUGAAGGGUAAAGGAAACAUGAAAACAUUCUGGUUGGACGGACGCAGGGAUCGAAGACCUCGCGCUCUGAACAUAAGGCUGCCGUCACCUCUGAAACCGAAGAGCCACCAGCAGGCUACACGCAACGCGGAAGCAGGCCAGGAACCGAGAAGCGGCGCGAAUAGCGAGCUACUCCCGCAGCCGACGCCAGGACUGCCCAAGUUUCAGAUAUCUGAAAAAUCGCUGACUUGCCCUGAGCUGAACGAGCGACCCCCAUCUCGACGGCACUCAGCUGUCGACAGUCAACCGCUUCAGCUGAACGAUGUCGAACUGACCGCGGACUCUCCGAAAUCAACCAAGCGGGAAGAGAAAGCAACAGGCAACGUCGAAGCGAAGCCCUCGGCAGUGAAAAGCGAGGACAGGGCCAGCGGAUUGAGCAACAUCGAGGUCGGCAAAAGAAGAACGGAAGUUGAUAACGUGCAUAAAGCUCACGCUGCGAAAAUUAGCCCUGCCAAACCGAGGACGCAGCUCGGCGUCCUACCGAAGAAGGUCACAGUUUCAGACGUGGUUCCUGUGGCAGCGAGCGGUGACAAAUGGUCGAAUCUACCCGAGCAUCUCAUGUACACCGGAGGUUCUCGGUGCGAGCAUUGCCUGCAUUGUCAUGCCCGAGCAAUGUACGAGCGUAAAGCCCUCGAAGAUCACGCCGACUUGAGAGCUCUGCAGCCAAUGCGUAUCUCUUCUCGGAGUAAAGCUUGCGUCCUUUUGUGA